GCGCCAUGGGCGGGGCCUCGGGGGCGUCCCCGGCGCGUGUUCCGGUCGUGGAGUUUCCUGGUUGGUGCUUCCUGGUGCAGGAGCCGGCAGCGAGUGUAUACGGGUCUGCUUUCUUUCCAGAAUGUUCGUGGGGCAUGGAGACAUCGAAACAUAUGAUGAUGACCUUUAUCGUGAGGAGUCAUCCAGCGAACUAAGUGUUGACAGUGAGGUAGAAUUUCAUCUCUACAGCCAGGUCCAUUAUGCACAGAGUCUUGGAGGAGUCAAUGGGCAGGAAGAGAGUGAGGAGAUAGUGGACUCUGUAGAGAAGCAAGGUCAGAGUUCAGUUCUGAUCAAUAAAUUGGACCAGAGCAAGAACCUUAUAUUCUCGGACAAUGAUGUUGUUCAGAUUUCAGAUGGCCCUGAGGUCAUAAUCUUAUCUGACACACCUGAUGAAGACAGUGUUUACAAAAGCAAAGUGAAGAACACAGCAACCUCCCUAACACCAGCUAAACAAUUAUGUCAACCAGGAUGCUCCACACGGAACCCUACUAGAGCUUCUGCACCCACUACCUUGGAUUCUGAUGCAAAAAAGUCAAGUAAAGAGAAAAGGGCUAGUGAGAAGUCUAAACCAACUUCUACUGGUAGAGUACGUGUGAUCCAAGAGAUUCUGGUAAUAGAGGAUAGCUCAAAUGAAGAGGAGAGCACAAUCUCUGAAAGUGAUAAUGUGGAGAGCUGGAUGCUAUUGGGAUGUGAUACAGAUGUCAGAGAUGAAAAUAUCAUUUUGAACCUUGAAGGCUGUGGAACUGCGGUCAGUGAAGAUAUGUCAUCAACAUUAAUUUCUGCAUGUGGAAGAUGGCAAGAUGUAAGAUUAUCUAGCAAGAAAGGAACAGGAGAAGAUGGAGUGGACUGGUCCAUCAGUGAUAAAGACCUAGAGGCACAGAUUGGUAAUUAUGCACCCCUGAGACGCACCAGCAGAUACUAUGCAACAGACAAAAAUGUUACUUGUAGAAAUUGUGAUAAACGGGGUCAUUUGUCUAAAAACUGUCCUACUCCAAAGAAAAUUCCCCCUUGUUUCCUGUGUGCAGAGAGAGAUCACCUACAAAAUACUUGCCCAGCACGGUUUUGUUUAAACUGCUGUUUGCCUGGACACUGUUCUAGGGAGUGCCUUGAGAGAGCUUAUUGGCGUAAACAUUGUAACCGCUGUGAUAUGAAAGGCCAUUAUGCUGAUGCUUGCCCAGAAAUAUGGAGGCAGUAUCACCUAACAACCAGACCAGGAUCAAUCAAGAAGUCCAGUUCGUAUUCUGAGCAUUCUGCAUUGGUGUACUGCUACAACUGCUCCCAGAAAGGACAUUAUGGAUAUGAGUGCUCAGAGAAGCGGAUGUACAAUGGGGCAUUCCCUUCUUCCCCAUUCAUCUACUACUAUGAUGAUGAGUAUGACAUCAAGAGGAGAGCUCAGAGGGCAAAGAGAAAGGUUGAAGAACUUCAAGAAGCUGGCCUUUUGCCAGUGCAGUUCAAGAGACUGCGCAAGGAGGAAGAGCGUAGGGGACAGUGUCUUAAGAAAAAGAAAAACCUUUGGAAAGAGCAUGUCAAGAGUCCUAAAGAAGAAAAGUGCCACAAAAAGGCCAAUAAGAAGUCCUGGGCAGAGGAACACAAAGAGAAGAAACACAAGAAAGAUGCCCAAAGGAAUAACGACCAGGAGGAGGACUUUCCUAGGGGGGGUAGAACACAUUCCCCUAAGGACAGCAAAAAGGGCAGCACAAAGCAUCACGGCUCUGCCUUCUCUCCUCAUGGCAGGAAAGCAAAAACUGGCCAGGAGUUGCUGGAUGCAGCUAAAAAGAAGAAAAAGAGAAGGCAGAGAAACAAAAAAGACAGUAGUUCCACCAUUGAUGAGAGCUUAUUCCUUAUAAAACAGAGGAAAAAGAAAUCAAAACAGGAAUCCAGCAGCUAAUCUGUCAACAGAAAGCUACGGUGGGAGGGGGGCGUAACUCAUGACCGUUUUGCCAUAGUAUUUUUCUGACCCUGUGCUAAGAUGUAGAAUUUGAAUCCACCUUUGCAUACAGGCUUGGACGUGUAAAACCAGCACGAGAAAGAAUACUGACCUUGUGAUUCUCUGCUUCUUAAAGAGAGUAUUUGCCAACAGGUAGGAAGUGGUUAAUGUACACGAGUAAAAUCAUACUGUAUUUUUUGACAGUCCCUCUUUUUCUGUAGGUCGAUGAAAGGUUGCGAACUUUUUAUUUUUGUUUGGGUUUUUUUGUUUGGAUGAAUGAGAGAAAAGGUCCAUAGUGGAGAGGCUUGGCCUUCUUUCCUUUGAGCGGUUCCUUUUAAGAAUGCUACAUCUGUCAAAGUUCUGUAGUUAAGCAAAUGUGAUUCCCUUGCAGCCUGACUUUAAAGAGAGGCUUUCACACUGGGGAGACUUGGAGAAGGGGCAGGGAAGGGGAAAGUAAACAGCAAUACAAAAAAAAGUCUUUUUGGUGAAGCAUUUUCUUGCUUCUCACCCAGUCUACAGUGAAAUUGUUGUAUUGUACUUACAACAUGACAGUCUUCUGCUGUGGAAACUCAUGGGAUGUCACAAAUUCAUCAUAAUCACAGCAUUGCAAGUUUAAGUAUCAAGAGCAGAGGAACUACGAGGACGCAAAUCCUUGAUUGAAUAACACAUCUCUUUGCUAACUGGUAAGCAAGAGAAGUUCAAUUAAAAAAUAUUACAAGCAGUUGGGUUGACAUCUGAAAUUAAAAAUGCCAUAGUUUUCCACAGCGUGGAAGUCCUGCUUCUUAAAAGAUAAAAUUAUGUAGCCAAGCUAUAGAAUUGCAAGCAAUUUACCUGCUUCCAGAAAUAGAAUGCCUAAGGUUAAUGAAUGACUUAAUGGGUCUUUUUGUUUUGUUUUGUUUUUUAAGAGAUGGAAGUAUUUUUUGUACUCAAAGAAUUAAAAACUUUGUAAGGAUAAAUACUUUAUCAAAGGAACCAACCAAAUAAAGUUUUACUUGAGGAUACUUGAAAAGAUA